AUAUUGAUGGAGGCAAACAUACAGGGUGUUAAUUUAAAGAAUGCAAGAGCUAAACAUAGGUCGAUUAUUGCUUCGAUUGAAAAGUAUAAUAGAGGCGUUGAUUCUACUAAACAACUUGACGAACUACAAACGAAGAUUAAGGCUGCUCAAAGAAGAGAUAUUUCAUGGGCAUGGUUCAAACACUGGCUAUUUCCAACAGGUAAGUCAAUAAGACUAUAUAUAUAUAUACAUACAUAUGUAUAUAUGUAUAUAUAUAUGUAUACAUUUUUAGUCAAGCAUAAAAAGAUAGAUAUAUAAAAUAGAUAUAGACUCAUAGACAAUAGAUAGCAUGCAUUCUUAUUUUGCUACAAAAUAUUGAGUAAAAUUUUUUUCUCCCUAUAAAAAAAACCUCCUAUUUUUUUUCCAAUAGAGAUCAUGUUAGUAGUAACUCUGAUGGCUUUACUGCUGCUUUAUUUGAUACUUUAAAGUAAUAAUUACCAUUGACGUUUCUUUGUACCUAUUUUAUUUUAUUUUAUUUUAUUUUAUUUUAUUUUUUUCAUUGUAAUUUGUUGUAAUUUGUAAUUUGUAAUUUGUAAUUUGCUGUAAUUUUAUAUUUCUGUUUGAGGAAAUGAUAAUAAUGAUAAUGGUAAUUAAGAGAUGUG